CUGGUACAGCCCAGCCCACGGAAGGUCAACCUCUCCAGUCCAGACCCAGCAACUUUCCCUGCUUCUCCGCUAGAACCCUAGCCGCCGCGCCAUCCCAAAGAAUCGGGAAAGGGAAGCGACGAUCUACUGUGCCCCUCGGCGUCGAAUCCUAUCAUCUCCCGGGGAAACGAAGAGAGCUCGUCGUCGGCGCGGUUCCGGCGGGAUGGGGAAGGCGAAGCGGGCGUCCAUCUUCAUCAGGCUCGUGUCGGCCGCCGGCACGGGGUUCUUCUACGUGAAGCGCAAGAACCCUCGCCGGAUCACGGAGAAGCUCGAGUUCAGGAAGUACGACCCCCGCGUCAACAAGCACGUCCUCUUCACGGAGGCCAAGAUGAAGUGAUUGGUCUUCGCCGCAGUCGACAAGCUGAAUAACGCCGUCGAGUCCUGGAAUGAUUUAGCCGGGGUCGAGACGGAUGCAUCCGUCCAUGUUCUUCAUUCUUCGUUUUCCUGUACCAUCGCUGGGCCGAGCUGCAGUGCGGUGAUGUUCGCGUGUUCUUUCGUGCUGCUAGUCUAGGUCCGAUGUAUCCCCAUGGAGCUACUGUGCUCACUCUCUCUGUGUUCCUGGCGCCAUUGCCGACAGAUAUGACAAUUCGACUGUCUGUGUUA